GUGAUUCGGUUCGCUAGUUGUGAAGUUGUAGGACAUUUCCAUUUCUUUGUACAGAAAUGUCAAAUUGUUAAAGAAAAAUCAUAAAAAUAUAACUUCCCCGCUGCUUACAUCACUGUAAGUCACGAAUAACUAUGUAAAUGAGUAAAUUGCUUAAAUGAGAUACCAAAGAGCAACAUAUCUGUAAAUAAGUGGCGCAGGUCGUGCAUGGUGAUAUGUUUAGAUUGUACAUUAUUUUCCACAAUUAAUACAAAUUAUAUAUCGAAAUUCACGCCCACGAUUUUGACGUUUAUCUAUUAUAAAUGAAAAAGUCGAGAAAAAACCUCGUUCUAGGAUUUAACAUCGCUUCUUAGGCAAUGGUUGUAGUAAGUGGUAACUGGGUGAAAAAUGUUGCUACUUACUCACCAACGAAUGUCAUUGAUAAUGUGGUGAUCGUCGAAAGUAUGGCAGCCAAAGCAAUCCUUACCUCUCGCCCCAAUUCCCACCAUUUUCAAGAAAGGACUCUCGCCCUUGAUCAGCCCGUCAAAGUGGGCAGGGCAGUCGCGAGAGCCAAACCCGCCGCCAACAACGCCAUCUUUGACUGCAAAGUGCUGUCCAGACACCACGCGCUGCUAUGGUACGAGAAUGGCAAAUUUUUUCUACAGGAUACAAAAAGUAGUAACGGUACUUUUGUAAAUAAUAGCCGAUUGUCACCGGAUAACGGCCACCACGAACUCAGCUCAGGAGACAUCGUUCAGUUUGGUGUCGACGUCAUAGAAAAUAACAGGAAAGUCACUCACGGUUGUAUAAUUGCCACGAUCAAAUUGUAUCUUCCCGAUGGCAAGGAAGCCAAGGCUAGUCCCAUCUCCGAUGGAGGAACCCAUGGAAUGGUACCUCUCGACGAUUUGUACCGUUUGAACCAAAUAAUCCAGGAGGCGAACCAGAGAGAACAAUGUCUCGAAACCAAACUGACGGCUCUUCAGCAGGUUGUCUACGACACCAAAAAAUCCGCAGAAGAAAGUUGGCAAGCCUACGUCGGUGAGGAGCGCCUUUUGUCUAGGGUAUCGGCUCUGGAAACUCAGCUGCAAAGGGCCAACAAAAAUUGGGGCGAGGAGAGGUUUAGGGAAGAGUUAACAAGACUGCAGGAAGACCACGAAGCAUAUCAAAUAUCUGCGAAGGAAGCCUUAGAUAAACUCCAUGCAGAACGAUUGGAAGCAAUUGCUUUGGCUGAAGAUCAGGAAAGGUUGAGGAUAUCAACUAAACAAGAAGCUUUUCUAGCGAUAAAACAGUUUACUCAAGCACAGACAGAAUUAGAGGAAGUAGCAAAGCGAUUAUCAGAACAACAAUUAGAAGCAAGCGAACAAAAGAUUAAGUUAGAACAGUGUAUUCAAGAUUUAGAAAUGAAAUUAGAAGCCAAAAGCGCCAACCUUCUCACUCUUCAGAUAGAACUACAAAACAUAAAUGCCUUAAAUUUACCAGGGUUAAAGAAUCUCGGAUCAUUGGUAUCAGAUACACAAUUGGAUCUUAUUUACAAAGAAAACGAUAUGAAAUGUAAGGAAGAUAUACUUAGUGAAAAUGAAGACAGCGAAUCUCUUAUGAACCAGACAAAUGGAUUAGGUAGCCAUAUUAGUUUAACGGUGGGACCUGUGGAAGAAAAAUACGAAUGGGAGGAACACGAGUCUGAACCGAACGCAGAUGAAAAAAACUCGAAUGAUUUGAGGAAUGAGCCUCAAGAAGAGGUCAAGCGAGUCACGUUUAAGAUACCCGAGGAAGCUGAAAUGGAACAGGAAAAAGAGGAUCCUUCAGAUGACUCGGAGGAACCCAUCGAAAGAACCGACGCAGUCGACUCGAAAACGCUUAAAUAUCAAUUUCACGCUGCACAAAGCGAACUCAAACGCAAAAUCGAGACGUUAGAGACAAUAGCCAAUGCCCAUAGAAGUAAGAUAGAGGAAUUAGAUAAAGCACUGGAAGACGAGAAAACAUUAUCCAACGAUCGUCUAGCAGAAAAUGAUGUACUGAAACAAGAAUUAGUUUUACUUAGACAGAAAUGGAAAGAAAGUGCUAAUGAAAAUCAACAACAAAAGGAUCGACUAAGCGCCUUGAAUCUAGAACUCGAAUCAGCAUUAGAAAAUAUGAGAGUAACAGCCUUACAUCGAGAAAACGAAUCAACCACGGAAAAAUCCGAAAAAACUCUAGAACAAGAAAAAGUCGAACCUAUCGCCGAACCCAAUCUCCAGAAAGCCGUCGUACCCGUGGACCAAUUGGCCCAAGUGGAAGAGGAGCUCGUUUUGAUCAAAGAACGCUACGCUCAAGUGAGCGAAGAGAAACUGAGUUUGCGCCACGAUCUGGCAACGCUGAAGGGCCAGUACGACGCAAUGUGCAACCGAUUCUACAACCAGUUCUUCUGGUACGUCGCCCCCCUAGUCGUAAUGGUGCUGUAUCUGCUGAUAAGCGCUAUGAUAUCCUGAUUCGUGGCCAUUUUGUUAUUAUUUUUUUAUUUCUUCAUAGAGUUUCUUUUGAAAA